GAGAAGUAGAAGAAGGGGGGGAAGAAGAGGUGAGGAGCCGCGGAGCAAAAACACAUACAUCGCUGCCUGGGAGACUCUGACGUCUCCCCUCAUGCGUCUGUUUCAGCGCGUGUGAGCGCAAGAGGAGCAGAGAGGAGCAGAGAGGAGGGGAGGAGGAGAAUAAAUCCUGGGAGCUGGUGUCCUCUCUUUGCUCUGUAUCACCUUCUUCUUCUUCUUUCUUUUUUUUUCUUCUUUAUCUCCAUCAUCCAAGGCAUGAAGGGGGGUGUCCGCUGGCACGGCAGAAUAAAAGAAGGGGAUGCUCUGAACGCUGCCUGUCUUUCGACAAGGGACAAGGAAGAGGAACGGGGGGACAACAGCACACGGCGGGGACAAAAACAGGAUUUCUAGAAUGAAUGGGAGUCCUUCUGCCGCCUGCACUGGGAAUAGCAGUCUCACACUGAAGUCUCUUGAAUGAGGGGCCAGCCCUGAGGACGUGAAACUUGUCGGGAGAGUUUGGAUGCCACCAGUGACACUGUUUUUUACCACCUUGAGUCGCACGUGUCUCCGCUCUCCAGACGGGUGCCAAUCAAGGCCGGCUUGAGGCGAAGAGUUGUGACAGACGCAAAAAAGGAAAGGAAUACACUGGAGGCGGGGCCUGCGCUUGCUGCAGACGAGCAGAGGAUUGCUUAUCUGGACCUGAGGUUCCCCGUCAGAAAGCAAACAAGAAAUGGUCGGCUGAGAUGGAGGACGCCACUGAUACGACACUCGUCCAGUUCAUAGUGUGGCCUUCUGUGCUGCGCAUCACCAGUGGUGACAUAAUCCAGUUCUAACUGUGGGUAAUGCCGAGCCAAAUAACCAAUCCUGGAGAUGCCGAAGAGAAGAGAUAUUCUUGCCAUCGUGUUGAUCGUUUUACCCUGGACUCUGCUCAUCACUGUUUGGCACCAAAGCGCUAUAGCUCCACUCCUCGCCAUCCGCAAGGCCUGUCACCACCUAGUAAAAGAGAUCUUUAUCAUUCCAGAGAGGCUUGCAGUCCGCCACCACCGGCUCUCAGAUGAUGGAGUCGAGGGGAAGAGGGAAGCAGGCGGCCAGGCGCAGGACUCCAAAGAAUACUGUGCCUCAGAUAAGGACAUAGUGGAGGUGGUAAGGACAGAAUAUGUGUAUACACGGCCUCCACCCUGGUCUGAUGUGCUGCCUACUAUCCACAUCAUCACCCCUACAUACAGUCGACCGGUGCAGAAAGCAGAGCUGACACGGCUGGCAAACACCUUCCUCCAUGUUCCCAACCUGCACUGGAUCCUGGUGGAGGACUCACAAAGGAGAACGCCUCUUGUUACGAGGCUCCUACGAGAAACAGGGCUGAACUACACCCACCUCAAUGUAGAGACGCCCAGGAACUAUAAGCUGCGGGGUGACACUCGGGACCCCAGAAUACCGCGAGGGACCAUGCAAAGGAAUCUGGCCCUGCGGUGGUUGAGGGAGACCUUCAACGCCAACAGUAGUCAAGCUGGAAUCGUCUACUUUGCUGAUGAUGACAACACAUACAGCCUGGAGCUGUUUGAGGAGAUGAGAUCGACUCGGAAAGUUUCAGUGUGGCCUGUGGCCUUUGUGGGCGGCUUGCGAUACGAGUCCCCCAAGGUCAAUGCAGCUGGAAAGGUCUACGGCUGGAAGACAGUGUUCGACCCCCAUCGGCCCUUUGCCAUCGACAUGGCCGGCUUUGCCAUCAACCUGAGACUCAUCCUCUUCAAGCCACAGGCAUAUUUUAAGCUUCGUGGGGUGAAGGGAGGCUACCAAGAGAGUAGUUUGCUCCGGGAACUAGUCACACUCAACGACCUGGAGCCUAAAGCAGCCAAUUGCACUAAGAUACUUGUUUGGCACACGAGAACGGAGAAACCUGUACUUGUGAACGAGGGGAAAAAAGGAUUCACAGACCCCAAUGUGGAGAUCUGACUGUUUUCCCUCGAUAAACCCACGGUGGCUGGCCUUGGACUUACAUAGAAAGAAAACGGCCGAGUCUCUUGAUAAGUGCAACCAGUGUUCACCUCUUAAUCACCAGAAAAUGAAAGGAAGUGGGGGCCUUUGAAGUGGGAUUUAAUCCUCUUAACUGAGUCGAACAUUUUUUAGAAUAUGGACUAAAUCAGUAAAAAUGUAUCAUAUCAAAGCACAGUGAGUAAGAGGUGGCGGAUGUUUGUCAGGACUGAAGUGCAGAGGACGUAAAGAGGAAGCCUCACAGGGGCGUGGACAGUCGUGACCUGCACCUUACACCGAGGACAACCUAACAAAAGAGACAGCACAACAUGAAAGGAGAACAACCAGCGGAUUCGACCAAACAAGCAGGUUAAAGAAAAUCCUUCACCUCAAUAGAAAAAAAAACAUUAAGAAAGUCAAACACUUAUUGUCUGGAUCUGCACACGGUACAAAAGAGAAAAUCCUCUUGGAUCUACGGACCUGGCCAACAUCAUCAGUCUGGAUAAAAACAACACUCCAAGGACAAAUAUGUCUCAUGUGGAUUUUCCUUUGAGCAAACACAAACAUGGAAAGGGAAGGAAUGUUCUUUUGAUAACUAUGAAAUGUUUGCUUUAAUUUAAUUUAAUUGGACUGGGUGUUUCCAAGCACUUGACUUACACGCUCAAUACUACUGACUCUUUACGACAUUUACUCUUGGGUUGUCAUUGUUCAUUUUAUAGUAUCAUUAAAACUCAUGCAUUUAAGCCACUUGUACACUUGAAGGGAGACUGAGACAGUAAAGCAAUCCUAGCAUCUUUCUGAGCAUAACAAUUUAGAUAAUAAAACUAAAACAAUGUUCCUUUGAACGACGGCGUAAUAACGGCCAUUGUAAGACAAAAAAAAAAAACAAGCCAGGGGAAGGGAAAUUUUAGAUAAUAAACACUUUCCAUCCUUACAGUUAAAAGAGUAUGAUAACAUAAAAAUAUCCUUUUUAGAUUGAAGUUAUUCAUUUACAAAAAAGUAGUGUCAACCCAUUCACUUCUGUCAAGGGACGGCCUGCAAAGUAGCAAUAAGGAAUUACUCAUGACAUUUGCCGAUGAUCAGGCUGUAGAGAGGGAAAGGGAAUCUGCAGGAGCUGAGGAAGGCUGAGCUGUGAGCUGGGGAUCAGACUGACGAGACAGGGGGUUGAGUAAAGCUGGAGACCGGUGGACAUGAGCUGGCUAUCAAGAAGUGUGUUGUGUCGCAAGUGUGGCAGGCAAACACAGUGUAGUCCUGAAGCUCAUGUACAACAUCUCCCAAGAUUUUCCAAAACGUUGGUGUUUUUGUUCCAUCUUUAAUGACGGAAAUUCUGUAUUUUAGUUUUUUUUAUAAUAUCCUCUCCUCCUCCCCUGGCUCUGUUAUUGAUCUCAAUUCAUUUUAUUUAGAAUUUUUAUCAAUGGCCUUAGCGCGCUGUUGUACCCUUGUGGCAACAUGUGUAAAUAAUAAUUCAAAAACAGAACAAUCACAGGAUUAAAGAAACAUUUUGGCCAUUGUACUGUAUUUAUAUGUUAAAAAAAACGAAGAAAAAAAAGUCUCCCCUCUCUCCCCCUGGUGAAUUCCUCACAAUGAUGCACGACAAGGCACAGGUUCACUCUAGGUUCAAUGCAUGGGAAGAGUAAUAGCACAUCACCUCUUUCAUUUGGUAUUAGAAGCUCCAGGGUGUGACAUAUUCAUAAAGCAUAGACAAGAACAUCCAAUCAGCUACACGAGAGGCUCGCGAACGUUGACCUGAUCCUCAUGUUAUCUCUCGCAUUCAGUGUCAUUUCUGACAUUGUGGGGAACCAGUGUGUCAUUUUAGCGAGUUAGUAUUUCCCCUCGUCUAUGCACGAUCACACAUUAACGAGGGUCAGCCACGUGCAAGAUUAAUAAAGUGCAGGAGCAUCAAAGCUCCAACAUAUUGGUUUUACACAGCUUUGUCAGUCCCUCUCCUCUCUGAAAAAUACACUCAGAAUUGUACACGUAGACACUCAGGAUUCAUCUGCUGACUUUCAACACAACUCACCUUCCAGCAGCUGAUAACUAAUUUAAAUUGUUCAUGCAUGGCCCCCAGAAUAUUUUGUUUUUUAUAAAAACUUGAAAUGAUGAAAUAAGAUGCUUCUCUGGAGUGACCGCUGACAAAAGAAAAGCACAAGUAAAUUAGAAAUCGUAUUUUUUGCCAUCUUCAGUAUUAGGGAGCGUUGUCGUUUAUUUCCUGGUUUCUUUUUGUGUUAGCAUACAUCUUUUGUAGCAUUAACUGGAACUUGCCGCAGCACUAACGUCAGACAUCAGCAUGAUGCCGUACACGCCCGAGCACUGUAACAAAGUUAUUCUACACCUCAAAAAAUAGAAUCUCUCCGCUACUUGAUAAAUCGUGCGAAUGGUGCAAAACACAAUGCACAGCGGCUCUUAUCUAGCGUUGCCUGGCAGAAGUAGCUGGAGAUAAUUCAAACGUUGAGCCUGUGUACUGGUGCCAGAUUAUCUCUGUGUACC